AAUUCAUUUAUCUGCAGGAAUGAUUGCUGCUAUCAGUCUCGCGCUCACCGCCCGGCUGAGGAGGUGAAAGUUUCUCCCCAGGAAGAUAAACCGCAAAAGACAAUAUUGUGCAUGAUUUGCGCCUUUUCUUUGGCUUUUUCUUUCUUUCUUCUCCCCCCACCCACUUUUUUUUUUUUUUUUUUUUUUUUUUUUUUUUUUGCAAAAAGCAGAGAGGGAAAAAAGGAGAGUGAAGGAGCGAGGAGGCGAGCGUGAGAGAAAGGAGAGAGAGAGAAAAGAAAGAGCGAGGGGCUAGUGGAGAAGUGAGGAGGGGCGCGCGGCGCGAGGCGGAGAGAGAGCGAAGCUGUCGCGGCUCUGGCGCUCACAUUCCUCUAUGCUACAAAUCCAGGAGGAAGUUUUUUUGGGGGGCUGAGAUGCUCCAUGCCUUUCCCCGGGCAGCCUUGACGCGCGGCCCUCUCGGCAGAGACUAAGCGGCGAGAAAGUGCGAGCCGGACCGGCAGGGUCUGCCUGGCGGGCGCUGGAGCCUGUCUUACUCGCGGCCCGCAGCCGUCCGGCUACUUUGCGUUUGGCCGGGCCAGCGCCCGGGCGCGCAGCGCCGUUGCCUGCAGGCUAGGACUUCGCGAGGUGGGUCGACUCCCCCUCCCUCCUCCUCUUCUUCCUCUUCUUCCUUCUCCUCUUGUUCCUCCUCCUCCUCCUCCUCCUCCCGAAUUUCCCUCCUCGGCUGGCGAGGGUGGGGGGGGCGGGGGAGGCCGGGGCUCGCCCCGAGCAGCCACGAUGCUCCUGGACGCCGGCCCCCAGUACCCAGCGAUCGGCGUGACCACCUUUGGCGCGUCCCGCCACCACUCCGCGGGCGACGUGGCCGAGCGAGACGUGGGCCUGGGCAUCAACCCGUUCGCCGACGGCAUGGGCGCCUUCAAGCUCAACCCUAGUUCGCACGAACUGGCUUCGGCCGGCCAGACAGCUUUCACGUCGCAGGCGCCAGGCUACGCGGCUGCUGCGGCCCUGGGCCAUCACCAUCACCCGGGCCACGUCGGCUCCUAUUCCAGCGCAGCCUUCAACUCCACGCGGGACUUUCUGUUCCGCAACCGGGGUUUUGGCGACGCGGCGGCGGCAGCCAGCGCACAGCACAGCCUCUUUGCUGCAUCGGCCGGGGGCUUCGGGGGCCCACACGGCCACACGGACGCCGCGGGCCACCUCCUCUUCCCCGGGCUUCACGAGCAGGCUGCCGGCCACGCGUCGCCUAACGUGGUCAAUGGGCAGAUGAGGCUCGGCUUCUCGGGGGACAUGUACCCGCGACCGGAGCAGUACGGCCAGGUGACCAGCCCGCGUUCCGAGCACUAUGCUGCGCCGCAGCUGCACGGCUACGGGCCCAUGAACGUGAACAUGGCCGCGCAUCACGGCGCCGGCGCCUUCUUCCGCUACAUGCGCCAACCCAUCAAGCAAGAGCUCAUCUGCAAGUGGAUCGAGCCCGAGCAGCUGGCCAACCCCAAAAAGUCGUGCAACAAAACUUUCAGUACCAUGCACGAGCUAGUCACGCACGUCACCGUGGAGCACGUAGGUGGCCCGGAGCAGAGUAAUCACAUCUGCUUCUGGGAGGAGUGUCCGCGCGAGGGCAAGCCCUUCAAAGCCAAAUACAAACUGGUUAACCACAUCCGCGUGCACACGGGCGAGAAGCCCUUUCCCUGCCCCUUCCCUGGCUGUGGCAAGGUCUUCGCGCGCUCCGAGAACUUAAAGAUCCACAAAAGGACGCACACAGGGGAGAAGCCCUUCAAGUGCGAGUUUGAGGGCUGCGACCGGCGCUUCGCUAACAGCAGCGACCGCAAGAAGCACAUGCACGUGCACACGAGCGACAAGCCCUAUCUUUGCAAGAUGUGCGACAAGUCCUACACGCAUCCCAGUUCGCUGCGCAAACACAUGAAGGUCCACGAAUCCUCCUCGCAGGGCUCGCAGCCUUCGCCGGCCGCCAGCUCCGGCUACGAAUCCUCCACGCCUCCCACCAUCGUGUCUCCCUCCACAGACAACCCGACCACCAGCUCCUUAUCUCCCUCCUCCUCCGCAGUCCACCACACAGCCGGCCACAGCGCGCUCUCUUCCAAUUUUAACGAAUGGUACGUUUAAAAUCAGAAACAAAACACCGAACAAAACCCUAUUUAAGAGACUGAUCACACACGUAUACACAACAUUACUGAAAGAACCCUGCGAAUCAAAACAACCCCCUACACAGACCCCGCAAUCCUUUUUAAAAAAUCUGCCAAUAGACCCAGGACGAGUAACAGAGGAAAUAUCAACCUUUAAAAAUUUCCUUUCGCUUUCAUUAUUUUUCCUUUUUUGGCAAAGGCUUGGUACCCAAGGUGCGGUAGGGGGUCUAGGGG